AUGGCCAUCCGGGUACAGUUUGAAAAUUCAAAUGAGGUUGGUGUAUUUUCAAGAAUAACAAAUUCUUAUGCUUUGAUAGCAUUGGGAAGUUCAGAAAAUUUUUCAAGUGUAUUUGAAUCUGAGUUAUCACAACAUAUUCCUCUUGUGUAUACAACAAUUGGAGGGACGAAAGUUAUAGGAAGAGUGUGUGUAGGAAAUAGAAAAGGUUUACUUGUUUCUAGUAUAUGUACUGAUCAAGAAUUGUUACAUUUAAGAAAUGCAUUACCUGAAAAUGUAAAAAUAAGAAGAGUAGAAGAACGUUUAUCAGCACUUGGGAAUUGUAUAACUGCAAAUGAUUAUGUUGGAUUAGUACAUACAGACAUAGAUAAAGAAACAGAAGAAAUAAUUCAAGAUAUAUUAGACAUUGAAGUAUUUAGAACAUCUAUAGCUGGAAAUUUACUAGUUGGAACUUAUUCCUAUUUUACAAAUAAUGGUGGCUUAUUACAUGCUAUGACGUCGUCACAAGAAAUAGAAGAAUUAUCUGAACUAUUACAAAUUCCAUUGAUUACAGGUACGGUUAAUAGAGGUAGUGAUCUUAUCGGUGCAGGUCUCGUAGCUAAUGAUUGGUCUGCCUUCUGUGGCAUGGAUACUACUGCUAUCGAAUUAAGUGUUAUUGAAAAGGUCUUCAAGCUCAAUAAUAUAGAAGAUGCAAAUAUGGAAGACAGUUUCAAGUACAAGUCAUCCAUAAUCCAAACGAUGAUAUGA